GACUGCAGAUAUGAAUCAUUUGCUAGAGUUUACUGUAACCGACGAAGCCUGGAAACAAGAAAGACGCUGAGAUCUGAAUCUAGAUCUUAAAUAUGGACUAGAUCAGCAGCCUACUCGGAGCUUGCUUCUACCCUUCUUUCCCUCUACUCGCCAUCGACCGCACAGCCGCCGCCGCUUCCCCGGGGAUAAAAUGGCGACGGCCUCUUCCUUCGCCGCCGUCUUCAUCAGCAGCGCCAUCGCCUCCUGCUUCGCUGAGGUGUGCACCAUUCCUCUGGACACAGCCAAGGUGCGUCUUCAGCUGCAAAAGAAAACAGCUGCUGGGCCUGCAGCUACAGUAGGAAUGCUGGGCACAAUGAUGUCGAUUGCAAGGGAGGAAGGCGUCAGCGCACUUUGGAAGGGCAUCAUCCCUGGCUUUCACCGCCAGUGCCUCUAUGGCGGCCUCCCUGUCGGCUUUUUUUGUGCCGUU